AUGGCAAUAACCUUCGUUUUUCAUGUAUUUUUUAUACAAAUUGCAUUUACAGCUGUUGCCACAAUCACUUAUUCUUGUUUAUCAAAUUUAUCAUGUGGUUGUUCAGUAAAUUCAGCUAUUUUAAGUAAAAUUAUCGGUGGUGAACAAGCUGAUAUAGAUAGUUGGGGUUGGAUUGUAUCGAUACGUAUAGGAAAUAGUCAUGUGUGUGGUGGUUCAUUAAUAUCUUCAACAUUAAUUUUAACUGCUGCUCAUUGUCUUAUGUCAAUAAAAUCACUAGCAAGUCUUAAUAUUAAUGCUGGUUCAACUUAUUUAUCUAUUAUUCAUCAACAAAGAAAAGUAUCACGAAUUUAUAUUCAUCAAUAUUAUGAUUCAAAUACUUUUGUUAAUGAUAUAGCUAUAAUACGUCUUUCAUCACCUAUAAAUAUGAAUGAUCGUUCAAUAGCUCUUAUUUGUUUACCAUCAACUAAAACUAUUUAUUAUCCACCAACAGAUACAACUGUUGUUGCUAUUGGUUGGGGCGUUUUAUCAUCAGGAAAUAAAGUUCCAUCUGAUUCACUUCAACAAGUCACAUUAAAAACACUUUCAAAAACAAGUAUUAAUUGUCGAACAGUUAUUCAUAAUAAUACUAUUCAAUUUUGUUCUGGUGUUCCAGGAGGUGGAAAAGAUACAUGUCAAGGUGAUAGUGGCGGUCCACUGAUGAUAUUUUCUAAGGAUCAAUGGAUAUUAGUUGGUAUAACAAGUUAUGGAAUUAGUUGUGCUUUAGCAGAUUAUCCGGGUGUAUAUACACGUGUUUCAUAUUACAUAGAUUGGAUAUCAUGUUUUUUAACAAAUAAUAUAACUUGUAUUGAAAAUACAACUUUAAAACAAUAUUCUCUUUCAUCAAUGGGAUCAACGAUAUUUUAUAAAAAUAUUUUAAUAGUUUUUAUUUUAUUUCUAUUAUUUCUAUUCGGAAUAUUUGAUGCUACAAUUUCUAUUACUUAUACAUGUAGUCAUUAUGCGACAUGUGGUUGUUCGAAACGAUCAACAAUUAUUUUAUCAAAAAUUAUUGAUGGGGAGCCAGUAACUAUUUCUCAUUCAUGGGGAUGGAUGGCAUCAUUAAGACGAAAUGAUAUACAUCAUUGUGGUGCUUCACUUAUAAGUCCAUCAUAUGUUAUAACAGCAGCACAUUGCGUUAAUGAUAUUCCAUCAUUAUCUCGUUUAUCACUUAAUUUUGAUAUAACUAAUUUAUCAAAUAUUGGUGAACUACGUAAUGUAACGAAAAUGUAUGUUCAUCCAUUAUAUGAUCAACGAUUAUAUAUAAAUGAUUUAGCUAUAUUACGUCUGCAUAAACCCAUUGACUUAAUUAAUUCAAAUAUGUCUGUUAUAUGUUUACCAACAAAAACAGAAUUUAAUUUAGAACAAGCUGAAUAUCCACCUAUAGGUUCAAGUCUUAUUGCAAUCGGUUGGGGUACAACAAAUCCUUUUAUACGUAUACCUUCGCCUACACUUCAACAAGUUAUUGUUCAAGCGAUUGCAAGAACAGAUUCGUCGUGUUUAAAUACAAUAAAUGAUGAUGUUGUUCAAUUUUGUGCUGGUGUUCCUGAAGGUGGAAAAGAUACAUGUCAAGGUGAUAGUGGUGGUCCAUUAAUGUUGUUUAAAAAUGGAAGAUGGCAGUUAAUUGGUAUCACAAGUUAUGGAGCAAUUUGUGCAAGUCCAGGUUUUGCUGGUGUUUAUACACGAAUAGCUUACUAUGAUUCCUAUAUACGAGAAAUAAUUCAAUCUGAUGAUACAUUAAAAUCAAAUAUUAAAAAGUUAGAACUAGAAAAUGAAUCACGUUCAAGUACUAAAAAUCUUUAUAAAGAAUCAAUGAUUCAAUUAUGUUUUAUUUGUGUAUUUAUUACUUAUAGAAAAUUAUUCUAUCAGAAUUAA